CGAGCUGCAUUAUGGCGCGACAAUAUCCUCAUUCAUACCCCGGGUCCGUCGAUUGUAAUAUAAAACCCUAACCAAAGCGACCUAGUCAGUAUCAGUAAACAUGUCUGCUCCAGAAACCUCUACCUCCGUCGCUACCCGCUCGAACCAGGGCACCGUCGCUCCCAAGGAAGCUUUGAAGCUUCGUCUUGACCUCAACCUCGAGGUGGAGAUUGCCAUCCAGGCCAAGGUCAAUGGCGACAUCACCCUCUCUCUCCUCGAGUAAAUGUGCCGUAGGACUGGAGGGAGGAAAUUGGACUUCGAUUGCCAUGGUGGGCAGGUUAUACAAAAUCCACAAGAACUCGCCAACUUGCGAUUCGAUGCUGCCGCCUCAUUGGCUCUCCUGGAAAGGAUUAGAGAGGAGAAAUUCGCUUCACCCACAAGCUUCCUACGACAGAUGGAACAACAAGACAAAUUCACCGCAGAUGCCGCCCAGGAACGCGCUAACGACAGUCGUUUGGAGGCUUUGAGGCUGUUGGCGUAUCUCGCUCGCUGCUUUUGUCAGGAUUCAAAAGGGAGUUGCGUUGCUGCAGUGCUUGGGAAGCCGAGGACGUCAGUAGAAUCAGACGAAGAACCAGCAACAGACGACAGACCCGAUGACGAUGGCGAAGGCGGCGACGACGACGACGACGAUAUUCUUUUCUCGAAUCCUAUGGAUCUUCCGCUUCCCUAUUUCUCUUCGACGUCAGACACACAAGCUGAGCACGACGUCGAAUUCAUUCACACAACUCCACCACCGUCACCUCCUAAGGCUACAGCCCCCUCAAACCCCCGCCUCGUUUUACUUCUUGCAGACAACUGGGCACCAAGAAUACCUUCUCAUUUCAAUGAGACGUCCAUCCUCGUGAAAAAUACGCUCUCUGAGUGUAUUCGACUGCAGGAUGUCACGCUCCGUCAGUAUCGACUAAUACUCUUAGGGCGAAAAACUUCCUCUGUGUGGAUUGAUGAAGCAUUCACAAAGCUUAUAGAUGCCGUUGCUUACAUCAGUAGCAACUCGAAUACCGUUUCACACCCAAAUACCGACUCUGAGAUGCUCGCUUCCUUAGACGAGCAUUUCGCUCAUUGGAGUAGCAACGGCGGUGUGGAAGUGGACGGCCAAGCUUCCGUGUACGAAGAGGCAUUUCUUCAGCUCUGUUCUCAUUUUCCAGAAGCCCGCCUAGAGUCAGUCUCUCGUAACGAUCCUCCUUUCCGCGAAAAUCCUAUUUCGGCUAGCCUAGUAUUCUUCCGCGCUGUUGUCACCUGCAUUCUAGGAUGUCAGGUUUCUUCUCCUACUGACAGAACGGUGAUUCUCGCUCAAGAUAGCGACGUUUCCAAUAAAUCCUUCGUCGUACUCCUGGCGAUGGAAAUUUUUGCCGACAGUCGAUAUAUGAAUGACCUGCGACAGGUCCCGACACCAUCAUCGAUUUCGGACUCGCAGGAUGUAGGAGUAAGGCUUCGCCGGUUUAGAAGACGGUGGUUACGAAUUGUCAGCCCGGCGCGUGGUGCGCAAAGUGUGGCUGUAGCUGGCCUGCCAUUGAUCACGCGUCUAUUGGAAUCGGAUGGCUCGGACGAUACCCAAGAAGAUUUCGACAGAUAUUUUCAGGUUCUUUGGGCUCAGCCGGGACUACGACCUCCGAUAGACCCUAUCAACCCGGUUUCGCUUCGUCCUCCUUUCGCGCUCUUCUCUGAUUUAUGUGAAUCUCGGACUUCCUUAGUCGACAAUACCUUUGGAUGGACGGAGGCGCUGAUAGCAGGGACCUGGAAGCCAAAGUUAUGGGACAUCAGAUUACAUGCUGAGGUACAACUUGUCAUCUGCUGCGAAGAGAUGGGUAUCAAAAUCGCCGAAAACACUAUCGGAGUGACAAAACGGCCGUGUCUUGCUUGUGAUCACACUUUGGCCAGACACAUUCCCACGUUUUGCAUACCCUCUAGUUCGAAGAAACCAUUUCGUACCUGGGCGCUACCGGAUCGGUUUCCAAUCGCAUCAGACAUUGGCGAUAUCGUGGCAGAUAUCAAGAAAAGUUUACUAGAUGAGAUUGAAGAAGGGCCGCCGGCACAAACGAACGUACCUGGCAGCAUGACACGGAGAGAAAAUAUAUCCGACAGUAGCUAUGGCAGUUUGGGCGGUGAAGUAUCAAAUACGGUGUCGAAUAAGGUGGACUGGACGAAGCUCAAGUACAUUGGGGACUAGGUCAUGCGUAGACGAUGUCGUUUACAUUGUUUGUAUCACGAGAACAUGUACAGUCACCACAUUUCUGUCGUGGAAGGAGAAAAGUCUAUCUCGCCUAAGUAACAAUGUAAAAGUAUUAGUUGAAAAGCGGUGUAACAGACAACAAACGCACUUGUCGUGAUCUCGCAAUUCAG